UUGCUGAAACAGGACCAGAUACAGAAUGGCGAACGGUAGGAAGGGGGUCCACUAGCGGUAGCCCAUUUCCUCCAACGCCAUUCGUGCCUGCUGUGCGGCCAAACCCAAUUAGGACUUGAAUUCUGCCUCAUUCCUCUGCCCUUCUUCUUCUUCUUCCUUCGGAUGGCAUAGAGGGAGGGAGGGAGGGAGGGAGCAGCCCUUCUUCACCAGAGAAGAAAGAUGGUGUUUUGGGUUUUUGGGUACGGCUCUUUGAUAUGGAAGGCAGGGUUUAACUACGACGCUCGCCUUGUGGGUUUCAUCAAAGGCUAUCGGCGUGUUUUCUAUCAAGGGAGUACGGACCACAGAGGGACGCCAGAGUACCCGGGAAGGACAGUUACCUUGGAGCCUGCUGAGGGGGAAGUAUGCUGGGGAGUUGCCUACAAGAUCUCUGGGAAAGAAGAUGAGCAGAUUGCAUUAACAUAUCUAGAAGUGAGGGAGAAGCAGUAUGAUCAGAAAGCACAUCUUGAUUUCUUCACUGAUCCGGUGGUGACAACUCCAGCCAUUUCUGGAGUAAUGGUAUACAUAGCAUCUGCAGAUCAGAAGCUCAACGUGAACUACUUGGGACCUGCAUCACUUGAAGAGAUUGCCAAACAAAUUAUUCAUGCUGAAGGCCCCUCAGGCCCCAACAGAGACUACCUUUUCCAACUUGAAACUGCUCUUCUUCAAUUUGGCUGCAAGGACAAACAUGUAAUGGAUCUUGCGAAUGAGGUGAGGCGCCUGCUCUCAGGGAAAGGCCUGACUACUACUUGAUCCCUUUUAACAUCUAUUUAAGUGCUCAAACUUGAGCAGCCUUCAAAAUUGAUGUUUUAAAAAUUAAAUAGUUGGUGAUUGAAGAAAUAUUGCUGGUACUCGGUUCUGCGGCAUGUCGGCUUGAUGACAAUGUACUAAUGCUCAUCAAGUGAAACUUAAAAUCUUUCAUUGUUAUGAAGUCUGCCUAUGUUAAGAAACUCCCUGCAUAUGUCAAGGGGAAUGGCCGAGGUAUCCUCAUUCCCUCUGGAGUAAUGGUUCAUGGAAGUCGCAAGUUUGUCUAUUUCACUCAGCAUUAAACAAAUUUUUU